AUGCUUCGCACAAACAUGUCAAUAGUUAAUCUUAACCAUUAGUAGAGUUCAAGCUCUUUAUUAUAAGCCUUAGUCAAUUAGAGACCAAAAUCAUCAUAAAAAUCACAUUCACAAAAAAGAGUGCCUUCAACAAAAUCGAGUAAAACAAACCAAAUCGGCCAACCAAGUUAUAAGGUACACUUUAUCCUUAAUAAAAUUUAGCUGGUCACCUCUUCUCUAUGUUAACCAAUUCCAAAUUAAAAACAAGAAGUAUCUUAACGAACUAAUGAGACCCUAAAGCCAAAUGAUAAUUCUACAACUGAGCCUCUAUAAUCUUAAAGAAUUUAAGAGUAAUAAAGUGAAAAGAAAACUAAUAAAAAAGCAUCAUUAAUAUAAAGAACAAUAUUCGGUUAAAGUGCUGCAUCUUUGGGUAUUAAAUAAAAGACAGUUAAAUUAACCCGAGAAUCUAGAAGUAAUAGCAAAAAAGAAAUGUAGUAAUCAAUUAUUGAAGAAUCAACAUAAUAAUAGCAAGUCAAGAAAGAAGUAGAAAACCCAGAAGCUACUUAAAAGCUAGAAUAAUUGAUAUCAAAAUACAAAAAUACAUCUUUUUUCAAUUAAACUUACCAAUCGAAUUAGACUUCAACACAACAAAUAAAUCCAUAGAUAGUUAUAAGUGUUUCAUAACCAAAAGAAAAUUAAUCUCUUUAAACCACUUAAUAAACCUUAUUGUCAUAAGCAUCCUUAGCAGUUUUAUCUGAGUAAGAUUAGAAUCUAAAUACAGCUUUUUCUUAAUCAACCAAUUUAUAAGUUAAUUAAACUUAAAUAAACAAGUAUGUAACAAGAAUUUCAAGGGGAGCAAAUUUUAUCCCUUAAAAAUAGAAUUCUAAUUCUGUUAAUAAUUCAGUAAAUACUAAACCUACAAGAAAAAGAAUGAAUUCCCCUUUGCAUGCUUAAAGAAGAUCGAAGGAAAAUUCUAUUGUAUCAGAAUCAUUAGUAAGUCAUAGGGAAUCAAAAUCGAAACUUAGAAAUUUGUCAGGGGAUAGAAAAUUUACAUCGACGUAAAAGAUAAGCAUAGGACCGUAAGUACCAUUCUAAGAGUUUUAAUAUUAUAUGUCCUUUGCGAGAUUUUUUCAUAAAGACAAAAAGUUUGAAACAUAAAUAAAGCAACUUUUUAAUAAUAGCAUCAAAACACAGCAAUAUUUCUCUGAAAUUUACUUAGAUCAUAUUUAAUAAAGCUUUCACGCUUUAUAGUUUUGUAAAGAAACUCAAAAACCUAAAUUAGAAGAUAUAAAACAGAAAAUAGUAAACUUGCCUCCAAAUAAAUUUGCAAAAAGUAUUGUUUUUGAUUUAGAUGAAACUUUGAUUCAUUGCUAAGAAUCAAACGAUGAUCCAAGCGAUAUUGCUUUAACAAUAAAGUUUCCAACUGGUGAGACAGUGGAAGCUGGAAUUAAUAUUAGACCCUAUUGUAAAGAGAUGCUUCAAAUUCUAUCAUAAAAAUAUGAAAUCAUAGUAUUUACAGCAUCGCACGAAUGCUAUGCUUAAAAGGUACUAAACUAUCUGGAUCCAGAUAAAAAGUUAAUCCAUCACAGGUUUUUCAGAGAUAGCUGUGUUGUGAUUUAAGAUGGAUUACAUGUUAAAGAUUUAAGAGUAAUAGGGAAUAGAAACAUAAAAGAUAUGGUAUUAAUUGAUAAUGCUUCGUACUCAUUUUGCUUUUAAUCGGACAACGGUGUUCCAAUAAUACCUUUUUAUGAUAAUGCCUUGGAUAAAGAAUUGGUUUACUUAACAACUUAUUUAAUGGAUCUGAUGUAGGAUCAAGAUAUUCCUUUAAAGAAUUCUACCAAUUUCAAGACAUAAUUAUAUUUAUAAGAUAUCACUUUUGAAUAGUUAAUUACAAGGCUAUGA